AUGGAGCUUUACUCCAUUAAUUAUCUUCAUUAUGGAGCUCCAAAAUACUGGUUUGCCGUACCUCCGGAAGCUGCAACUCGCUUCGAAAGGCUCAUGCGGCAGCAGUUUCCUACAUACGAUCGCCACUGUAAAGCUUUCAUGAGACACAAGAGUUUCUCUGUACUUCCGGCUCUCUUGGAUAUGCACAGGAUUCCAUAUGGGACGAUGAUGCAGCAUCCUAAUGAGUUCAUCAUAACAUUCCCUCAUGGUUAUCAUAUGGGUUUUAAUUUGGGUUACACUAUCGCGGAAAGCACGAACUUCGCUACAGAUCGUUGGAUAGAUUUCGGAAAGAAUGCUGUUCUGUGUAAAUGCCGUUCAGACACCGUAGAAAUUGAUAUGACGCCCUACAUGCAGAAAUAUCGUCGAGAUGAUUUUGAAUGGUACUCUUAUUGGUAUAUGCCUAAGGCAACCCCAUGCUUCGAUAGCGCUCAGUGCAGUAUGUGGAAGCAGAGUUGUGUAGCACAUUUCUUUCGAUGGCAUGAUAUAUCUAGGAAAAAGGAGAAAAGACGAAUAUGGUACCAUUAGACAUACAAGACAUUCAACCUCCUAUAGGAAAAGGCCACGUAGAACCGAUGACGAUUUUACUGGAGGCUCAUCGUCUUCCGACGAGUUCAUCUCCUUACACACGCCGUUGCCUCCGUCGCAGCUGUCCCCAUCUAUUCUGCGAGCUUCUUGGAAAAACAAUAUAUCCUUAUUAUGGGCGAAUGAGUCUGUCAACUUCUUUGCUGAGAAAGCUUUCAACCAGUCUGCUGCUCGUUCGUGGC